AUCUCAUCUCUAGCAGCUUUGCAGCGUCUCUUUCCCCUUGGUUUCUAGUGUCAGCAGCUGCUCUCGACAGAGGGAGCUCCUGGAGUGAUUGCUGCCCUCUCCUCCACUUCUCGUCUGUGCGACAUAGACUCUCCUCCUCUCUCACCCAUUCCAAUCACCACAUCUCGAGUCCAAGAUUCGCCCACACCUUUCGUGCACUUGUACGUCUCGUCAGCGGGCGGUGCGUGCCGGGUGCAGUGGCAGCGAGCCAGUGGAGUGACGCAGCGAGAGAGGGAGAGAGAGAGAUAGAGAGACGGAAGGACGAGAUUUGUAGUCUCAGCAGGCGUUGGUUGACACAGGGUCUCGCCAUUGCAUUCAUCGAAGGUGGGAGCGUCACCGAGAGAGCAGCACGGAGAGGAGAAGAGGAGAGGGAGGUCGAGAGAGGCUUUUGUAGCAGGAACGUAGAGAUUAGAAUUAUAGCACUUGUUUCUAGAGUAGCAAUCAGGCAGACAGACAGACAUACAUGCAGGCAGGCAGGAAGGCAGGCAAACAGCGUGUAUGUCUCUCAGGGGAUGCUGAGGGAGUCCGAGCAUUGGUAUGGAGCCCCUGCUGCACUAAUUAAGUGGACGCGACAUCCAUGCUUUUCGACAGAGGACCAAUUCACCCCCGGUUUUCGAGUCAAGUGAUCACUGUGAGAAGAAAAAGCAUUCUCUGACGUCUUCAGGAGGAUGUUGACCGUGAGCGAGAGAGGAAAGGAUCAGGAGUAACAUUACGAGCUGGUAGGAGAGAAUCGAGGACGAGCUCAGCAGAACAGCGGACAUUGUGGUCGGUCAUCCCGAGCUUCGCAGCAGCUCCAGAGCGCCAGUGGCGAGUGUUGUCCAGCAACUUUCGGAUUCUGUGAAGCCUUUAUCUAAGACGCAGCGCCAGGUUUCGUUCCAAGGAUGAGGAUUGAUCAUGGACCCGUGCAAGCAAUGCAGGUUCACCAUCCCCCAACACCUGGCGAUGUGCCAGGAGCGGGGAAGAAUGUUCACGCGAAAGAUAACUACCGACUCCUUCAGGCGGAGUCGGAUGAUUCAUCCCAAAACAAUCGCGAGAUGUGCCCUCUUCGCCUCGGCACCAAAGUAGAUGGCUUCGAACGCAAAGGUCAACAAUGGUUCGUCGCCACCGAACUGCAAAGCGAUCUCGUCGUGGAGGUCGGCGACAUGAGUUUCCAUCUGCACAAGUUUCCGCUCCUGUCUCGAAGCGGCAAGCUGAAUCGACUGGUGUUCGAUUCGCGCGACGUGGAGAACAGCCACAUCAAGCUCGACGAUAUGCCCGGAGGCCCCGAGACGUUCGAGCUGGCGGCCAAGUUCUGCUACGGCGUGGCGGUGGAGCUGACGUCGGCGAACGUGGCGUCGCUGCGCUGCGCCGCCGAGUACCUGGAGAUGGGGGAGGAUCUGGAGGAGGGCAACCUGAUGUCGAAGACGGAGGCGUUUCUGAGCUUCGUGGUGCUGGCCUCGUGGAAGGACUCGAUUGCCGUGCUGCAGAGCUGCGAGAAGCUCACGCCGUGGGCCGAGCAGCUGCAGAUUGUGCGCCGGUGCUGCGAAUCCAUCGCCUGGAAGGCGUGCACGGAUCCGCGCGGCAUUCGCUGGUCCUUCACCGAGCGCGCCGAGGCCACGAAGAAGUCCCACGCCAGCCCCAUCUGGACGGGCCCCAAGGGUGGCAGCGCCAACUCCAUCUCCGAUCAAGUUCCCAGCGACUGGUGGUUCGAGGACAUCUGCGUCGUGUGCGUCACCUUCUUCACCAAGAUCAUCGCAGCAAUCAAGGUCAAGGGCAUGCGCUACGACCUCAUCGGGUCCGCCAUUGUACAUUACGCUCUCAAAUGGCUGCCGGGCCUGACCCGCGAUUUCGUGGUCAUGCCCAAGGAUCCCAAGGAACCCACUCUGGUCGAUGGCAGCUUCCUGGCAUUCGGAGGCGCCCAUGGCGGCAAGGACAAGGACGACGAGGCCAAGUCGUCGGAUUUGGGCUCGGUGCAGGACAAGCAACGCGUUCUGGUCGAGACGCUGGUGGGCAUUCUGCCAUCGCAGAAGGACGCGGUGCCCUGCACAUUCCUGCUGCGGCUGCUGCGCCUGGCCAAGAUGCUGAGCAUCAAUCCGGGCCUGAUCACGGAAUUGGAGAAGCGGGCGGGGCAGCUGCUGGACCAGGGCACUCUGAGCGAUCUGUUGAUUCCUUCCUUCGACCACACUUGCGAGACGCUGUUCGACGUGGAUCUCGUGCAGAGAUUGCUCGACUACUUCCUGCUGCAGGACUUCGCCUCGCCGCAAGGCACUCAGAGCCCCGCCCACGACAAGGACAAGAUCGGCACCCCGAGCUCCGACAAGCUGCAGCCGCAGUCCUCGUACGCCGCCAAGAUGCGCGUCGCCAAAUUGAUCGACAACUACUUGGCCGAAGUGGGUCGCGAUCAGAAUCUCACUCUCCACAAGUUCCUCGCUCUGGCCGAAGCUCUCCCCGAGCACACCCGGGUCACCGACGACGGCCUCUACAAGGCUCUCGACACUUACCUCAAGGCUCAUCCACUGCUAACGGAGCACGAGCGUAAGAAGCUGUGCCGCACUCUGGACUGUCAGCGGCUGUCGCUGGACGCUUGUAUGCACGCAGCGCAGAACGAGCGGCUGCCGCUGCGAGUGGUGGUGCAGGUGCUGUUCGGGGAGCAGAUCAAGCUGAGGAAUGCGGUGACGGGGUCGUCGAGCAUGGCGAAGGAGAUUGGGCCGCCGUACCCGCCAGCGGACGACGACACGCACAGCCCCGGAGGCAGCAGCCACGAGAGCCUGCCGCACGACAGAGGCAGCGCGCAUCACUCGGACCACCACGAGCCGCUGAACCUGAACCCCGAGGAGUCGGAGGAGGAGAUUCGCGUGCUUCGAUCGGACGUGGAGAAAAUGAAGGGCAAGUUCAUGGCCCUGCAACACGACUAUUCGGCAAUUCAGCAGCAGCUCGAGAAGCUGACCAAGCACCCGAAACCUCCUCCGGCCACCGGGUGGAAGAAAUUGCUGCCGCAUCCGCAUUUCCACGCCCCGCACUUCCUCUCGCACCCUCUGGACAUCUUCCAUCACAAGGACCACCACCACGGGCACGGCCACGGCCACGGCAAGGACAGCCACCACGGCCACCAUCACCAUGGGAAGGACAGCCAGCACGGGCACGGGCACAGCAAGGGAGGCGCGGACGCGCACGGCCAUCACCAUUCGAAGAAGCACGAGGCGCACGACCAUGCUCAUCUGAUCGACAACCAUCGGCAUUCGGCCAAGGGCGACUCCAAGCAUCCCAAGGAGCACGACUCGCAUCACCACCACCACCACCACCAUCACCAUUCGGCCAAGGAGACUCCGCGGCAUUCCAAGGACCACGAGCACCGGCACUCCAAGGAUCGGGACACUCACUCCAAGGAGCACGACCUCCCGCCGUAUGUGACCGAAGGCUUCCACUCGGCCAUCGGGCCCGAGGCUUUCAAAGAGACCAUCGCCCAUGCCCGGGUUCACCACUCGGCCAAGGGCCCCGAAGCGUUCAAGGAGAGCAUGGCGGCGGUGCAUGCCCACGUGAACCAGCAUUCGAAGAACCAUGAACUUCACCGGACCUCGAGGGACUCGCAUCACUCGGCCCACUCGACGCACUCGACGCACUCGACCCACUCCAAGGACUCGUCGCACCACCACGCCCGAGGCUCGCACGAGCAGAAGGACUACCAGCUGAACCUGCAGGAGCAUCCGGCCGCCGCGCAGCUCCCGCAGAAGGGCGCUCACGAGGAGCAUCGGCCCUCGAAGGAUUCGACUCAACAUCACUCCGAUCACCACAAAGACGGCGAAGCAGCUCGCCUCUCCAAUUCUCAUCUCUCCAGCGGCGAGGACUCCUCGAGAAGUAUGGAGGGCCCGACCACCCCCACGCACCCCGUCGAGCAUAAGAAACACCGGCCUUUUGCCAAUGCCAUCAGAAAAUGGAGAAACUCUAUCUCGUAGGUAGGUAGCUCAGAUCAGACCGAUCGUCGUUCGUGUAGUCAGCCCGAUUUAUAGCAAGACUCGUCAUUUAGUGAAGCAUCUUAGCAUUGUGCAAUACGGUUCUCGUCACACACUCUACACAGUAGUAUCAAAGGUGGUGCUCUUAGCAAUUGUAGCAAUUAGUGGUAGAUUAGCUGAAGGUUUCUGAAUCACAGGUAGUAGCCGGCGGUAGAAGUCCGACUUCAGUUCUGCACUGGACUGGGCUGGACUGGACUCGACAUGACAUGGCAUCAGGUAGUCUUAGUCUAAAGGAAGUUUGUCUGGAUUGUGACCCAUCGUGGGUGUCACUAGGUGGGUGGAUAGCUGUUUUGCCUGUAUAGCAUAUGGAUGUGAAUUUAAGGUUUCGACCAUUCCGAACCACAAUUCUCCAUGUGAUUGUGAAUGCCACUUGACACCAAUAAUUCGAAAUCUCAGUCCAUUGUCGAAGAAGCCGUCUGUCUGACAAUGCCGCAAAAUAAAAACCGUUAACUUCACC